AUGCGUUCGCUGCAGUACCUUCUGUUAGUGCUCCUGAUAGCCAUCGGUCUGGUGGCAUCCGCUCCUCCACGGCACAGGCGGCAAAUCGAUCUGACACUCUCGGCGGAGCACGACGACAAGGACGACGAGACGGAGUUGGCUCUGGAGGCUAUUGCCGGACUUUGGAGCAGUCCCGAUAGCAGGACCAAGAUCGAUGGUUCAGCUAAAGUGGUUCAUCGCAGCCAUGGCGGCAUCCAAUCGGGUUCGGAUCAGGACUGGCGCAUCGGGCUGCGUGUCGUCUUCGAUUGAGGCAAGGAUUCUCCCAUGGGUGUUCCAGUUCGGGAGCUCCAGACGUAACCCCCUUGUCCGUUAUUAAGAAAUCGCCCGAUUGCGUGAGACGCCGAUAACAUUUUGACCUUCCCAGAGAAUACAUAGAAAAUAUUGGAGAGAAACCUUCGUGAAAAAUACAAUAAUACCCGCAUAUUGUUUGCUUUAUUGAUUCCAUUUUAAUUACCUCUCCGGCCGGACGAGACCGUGAAGCGGCGCAACAACUUUCAGCUUAAAAUUACAAUUACAACAACGAAUUUGCACAACAGUUGGUGGUUAAAUGGACGCGAGGAGACGGGCAUUAGGAGUUGAAGAAUAAAUACAAGCCAUUUCUUAAUAAUUAAA